GCCUUCUUCCUCCCGAGGGACGGCCGGACCGCUCGCCCGGCUCCUGCAUCCGCCUCGCAGGUCCUCCUCGGCGUCUCGUCUCCCCACUCCCUUUCUGCACCUCCUGCGGGAGCGGGGCCGGCGUCUCCGGGCCCGGAUCGAGAUGUUUGCCAGGACUAAUACAGCUGAUGUAAUACCUGCCCUUUCCUGCUCAAGAGGCUGGUUUAAUUGAUUUAUUUUCCCCGUAAGUGUGGAAGUCAGAAAGUCAGAGUUUCUCAUAAUAAGACGUAACAGUUUGAGUAUUCCAGGCCAGUAGCCACCUGACUUGGGUUAUUCACCAUGCAGAACAGACAAGGAUACUGCAGCUACUGCUGCGUGCGCUAUAACAACCUGGAACAGCAUAUGUCCAGUGCUCAGCACAGAUACUUGACCACACAGAAUCGACAGCGGAUGGGCACUACUAGCUUGAUGGAACGUUUCUUGCAGGACGUGCUCCGGCACCACCCAUAUCAUUCUCAAGAAAGCAGAUCAACCCAAAAUGAGAGACUUCUUACGAAUACUGCGUCACCUCCUGAAGUGGUUCCUGUUGAUGAUUCUGUUUCUGAAGGAGCGACUGAGGAUGCUGCUGGAGUCAAAGGAGAGAGCUCCACCAAGGGUUUUGAACCUAGUAAAGAGUUGCAUUCUAGACCCAGCAAAUCUCAGGAAUAUAUACAGGGUGUUUCAGUUAGACCAUCAGUUAUUCAAAAACUGGAGAAGGGACAACAGCAGCCCUUGGGGUUUGUUCAGAAAAUUGGGAGUGGCAUGAAAGAAUUUAAUCCAGUUGGUAUUGGCCAAGCUACACAUACUAGACCAAGCUUAAUAUGUCCAUCAGUGAUUUCUAGUGCUCCUGCUAGUUGUUUAGCUGGAAGUUCCUUUGAUAGACCAGUUACAACUAAAACUACUAGGUUACCAGCUGCAGCCAGUUCAGGUUCAGUCAGAAAAUGUGACCCAAACAAAGUUGACAGAUACGUUGAACAGCCAGACAGGGGCUCUAGAAAUCCUGUGCUGUCAUCCAGUCUAGAAACUUCUUCAGUUUCCUAUCAGAAACCUAAAGAACCAAAUAGGAAAUCUUUAGGUACAAAUUCAGAUAAAUUGAUUAUACAGGAAGAUGAAAAAUCUCAGUGUAAAACUUUGUCAGCUGGCGCUAAAGUCCGUGAAUUUAUGGGCACUGAAGGCUCCUUAAAAUCUGAAUCUCUUUCCAAAUUAGCUGUCAACCAAGGAAUCAACCUGAAUAAAAGUGGCAUGCCUUCUAAUAAAGGAAUCUUUGAAGAUGCUACUGCAAAGCACCGUGGGAAAUUCUUUUCUGAUAUGGAUCAUACCCAAGAGGAAAAGCAUUUGGUGUUUAAUAAGUCAGCCUUUUUGGGACAGAAGAGCUCAGUGAUUUCUGAAGUGAAGUUUGCUCGUGGCUCUCUUCAGUCAGCGUCUGAUCAACCCGAAGAGGCUGCGCAAGACCUUUGGAAAGAGGAGCAGGUUGACCAAGAAGAUAAAAACUAUGAAUCAAGAGCUUCUGAAAUGAGUUUUGACUGCAGUUCCCCUUUUCAUUCACCGACUGACGAAUCUAAGGUGACUGCCAAAGAAAUAAACCUUUCAAAGGAAGCAUAUGCCAAUUUGCAGUGUAAGAAUAAUAAAUCUUUCAUUUCUGAAAUAAGUUCUGAUCGUGACGGCUCUCUUCCGUUGGCUACCAACCGAACUCAAGUAAUUGUUAAAGGUGUAAGGGUUCAGAAGGCAAAGCCUAUUAGCCUGGUUGAUGAAAGCUAUGAAUCUAGUGAUUCAGAGAUUAAUUUUGAAUGUGAUGCCUUACUUCAGUCAACCAAUGACUACCCCCAACAACCUGCAAAAGAAGUAAACCUUCCUAAGGAGGAACACAUUGACUUGGUUGAUAAGAACUAUGGAUCUAGUAGCUCCGAAGUAAGUACUGAUUCUCCAUUUCCCCUUCAGUCAGUGGGUGACCGACUCCCAGUGGCUGCCACAGAAGCAAAACUUCAGAAGGUUCACAUUGGCUUGGUUGAUAAGAACUAUGGUUCGAGUUGUUCUGAAACAAGUGUUGAUAAUGAUGCUUCUCCUCAGUCAGUAGUUGAGCAUCCCCACCUGGUUGUCAAAGAAAGAAACCUAAAGGAUAGACAGGUCUACCUGAAAGAUAAGAACCUUAAAUCCACCAGUGCUAAAGCCCAUCUUGAUUAUGCGGUCUCCCUUGAGACAGUGACUGAUGAAUCUCAGAGGACUGUUGAAGAAAUACAUCUUCUGGAGGAAAAGAAUGAACCUGUGGAUAUGAACUAUGAUUCUCACGGUUCUGAAAUGAGUUUUCACGCUGAUGCGCGAUUAGUGGCUGGCCAAUCCAGAGUAAUAGUUAAAAAAGUGAACCCCCGAGAAGUAGCUGUUGACCUGGAGGAUAAGAGCGUUAAGUCUAGCAAUUCUGAUCAAAGUUCUGAUUCUCGUGCUUCUCUUUAUCAGUCAGCUAGUGAUCAACGUGAAAUAAGUCUGAAAGAGUUAAAUGUUGACAUGGAAGUUAAGAGCUAUGGGUGCUCCAGUUCUGAGUUGACUUUUGAAUCUGAUCCCCCUGCCAUGUCAGGUACUGAGCAGUCUGAGAUGGACAUGGAAGAAAUAAGAAAAAGGCACAUUAACUUGGAAGGUGAGCACUCCGGGUCAAAUAGUUCUGCAAUAACUUUUGAUUCUGAUAUUCUUCUUCGCUCAGGAGUUGACCAGUCUCAAGUGGCUAUUUAUGUGGAGGAACCUAGUCCUCUGGAAAACAAGACUAAUAAAUCUUGUGUUGCUGAAAUAACUUUUGAUUCUGAUAUACCUGUUCAUUCGGGGACUAAUCAACCAGAACUGGCUGUUAAAGACAUAAUCAUUCAGAAAGAAGAAUAUAUACACUUAGGGAGGAAGAAUGAAGAACCCAGUGGUUCUGAAAUAAGUUUGGAUUUUUAUGUCCCUCCUCAUUCAGUGACUGACCCUCCUGAAGUAGCUAUGGAAAAGCUAAAUCUUCAAAAAGAAGAGCAGAUAUACUUAGAAAAUAAGGACAAUGAACCUAGUGGUUCCGGAUUAAGUUUGGAUUAUGGUAUUUUUCAUUCAAUGACUGGACAUUCUGCAGAUCCCAUUAAAGAAAUGAAUCUUCAGGAAGAGCACAUACACUUGGGAAAUAAAGGUAAUGUGCCUAAUGUUUCUGAAAUCAGUUUGAAAUCUGACAUUUCUUAUCAUUUAAUGACUGAUCAUCCUAACAUAGCUGUUAAUGAGAUAAGCCAUCAGAAAGAACAUAUACACUUACAAGAUAAGGAUAAUGCAUUAAGUGUUUAUGAAACAAGUUUGGAUUCUGGUGUCCAUCUUCAUCAGUCAGUGACUCACAAGCCUGAAACAGCUGUUAAAGAAAUAUGGCUUCAAAAAGAAAGACAUGCUAAAUUCAAAAGUAAAAGUGCUAAAUUUAGUGGUUCUGAAACAGAUUCUGACAUCCCUCAUUAUUUAGUGACUGAACCUCAGAUAGCUGUCAAAGAAAUCAAUGUUCAGAAAGAAGAACGUGUUCUAGAAAAAAAGAGUGAUAAAUAUAGCAGUUCUGGAAUAAUGUUUGGUUCUGAUGUCCUUCCUCACUUAAUGACUGAAACACCUCACAUUGCUGUUUUGAAGGAGGACCAUGUUGCCCCAGAAGGUAAAACUACUGGCUCUAGAGGUUUUGCAGUAAAUUUGGAUAUUGGUGCCCCUCUUCAUUCAGUCAUUGGCCAACCUCAGCUAACCCGCUUGAAGGAACAAAAUGUUCAUCUGGAAGAUAAAAAGCGUGAAUCUAGUCAUUGUAAAAUAAGAUAUGAUUCUGGUGACCCUCUUCAGCUAUUGACUGGACAAUUUCAGGAAGUGGUUAAGAAAACAAACCUGAGGAAGGAAGGGAAAGUUGUAAUGAAAAAUAAAAUGGUUCAAACUAAAGGUUCUAAAUUAAUACGUGCUUCUGGUGUUUCUCUUCAGUCUGUGGCUGAUAAACCUGAAGGGGCUAUUAAACGAGUAAACCUUGAGAAUGAAGGUCAUGUGAACGUGGAAGAUAAGAACAGCCAAUGUAGUGGUUCUGAAAUGAGUUUGGAUUCCGAUUUCUUGGUUGAGUCAAUAAUUGAUCAACCUCAAAUAACUAUUUUGGAUCAGGACCAUAUUGAGCUAGAAGAUAAGCACAGUCAAUCUGGUGGUUCUGAAAUGAGUUUUGAUUCUGAGGAUCCUCUUCAGUCAGUGGCUGAGCAGGUUAGAGAAACUGUUAAAGAAAUAAGCCUUUGGAAGGAUGAAGUUGAUGUGGAAGAUAAGAGGGAUGAACCCAAGGGUUUUGAAAUGGUGUAUGAUUCUAAUGUCCUUUUUCAGUCAGUGGCUGCCCAAACUGAAGAAGUCGUUAAGGGGAUGAACCUUUGGAAGGAGCAUGUUGACUUGCAAGGGAAGAUUGUGGAACCUAGUGACCCUAAAAUAAAUUUUGAUUCUAAUGAAUCUCUUCAGUCUGUGGCUAAUGAAAUUCAAGAUGCUAUUGCAGAAAUAAAUCUUCUGAGGGAAGGACAUGUUUGUCUGGACGAUAAGGGCUAUGAACCCAGUGAUUCUGAAAUAAUUUAUGUUUCAGAUGUCCCUCUUCAAUCAGUGGUUGAGCAACCACACCUUUUGGAAGGGGAACAUGCCAAUUUGGAAGAUAAGAGCAGUAUUGCUUGUCCUGAAAUAACUUUUAUUUCUGAUGAUCAUCUUCAGUCAGUGGCUGACCACCUUCAAAAAUCUGUUAAAGAAGUCGGUCUUUGGAAGGAAGACCAUAUUUACCUGGAAGAUAAGAGCUAUAAACUAGGUGACUUCGAAGUAAGUUAUGAUUCUGAUGUUCCUGUUCACUUCGUGACUGAUCAAUCUCCUCUGGCUGUCAAAGAAAUAAACUUGCAAAAGAGGGGUCAUCAUGACCUAGAAGAUAAGAGCUGUGGACCCAGUGUUUCUGAAAUAAAAUGUGAUUCUGGUAUUCAUUUUCAGUUAGAGGUUGACCAAUCUCAAGUGGUGUGCAAAGAAAUAGAUCUUCCAAAGGAAGGGCAUCUUGGCAUGGAAAUAAAGAGCAGUGAACCGAGUGAUUCUGAAUUAAUGUGUGAUUCUGAUGUCCCUCUUGAAAUAGUGGUUAAUGAACUUCAAGUGUCAGUUAAAGAAGCAAAUCUUCGAAAGAUGCUAUUUGUGGACCUGGUGACCAGUGAUAGUGAUUGUGAAGUGAUUGCUGAGUCUGAUAUGCCUUUUCAGCCAGUGAUUGACUCACCUCACAUGACCGUCAAAGAAAUCAAUUGUAUAAAUACGGAAGGUUAUGAUCUGGAAGGUGAGUGCUGUGACUCCUGUGGUUCUGAAAUAGGAUAUGUUUGUGAAGCCUCUCCUCAAUCACUGGCACACCAAUCCAAAGAGACUUUCAAAGUAGUAAACCAGAAGAAAGACUAUAUUAUUCUGCAGGAGUCAAGCUGUGAGUCUUAUGGUUCUGAAAUAAAUUUUCAAAUAGAUCCCCCAGAUCGGUCUGUGACUCUCUCGUCACAAGGGUCUGAUAAAGAAAUGGUGAAAUACAUUGACUCGGAAGAGAAGAGUUGUGGAUCUGACAGUCCUAAAACAAAUUUCAAAUGGGAAGACGAUUCUCAGCCAAUGGCUGACCAGCUUCAGGAAGAAGACAAAGGAAUCAACAUUUGUCAGAGGAAAGGUCUCGAAACUAUUGGCCGAAAAGAUAAGCACUGUGAAUCUCCUGUUUCUGCAGUGCGUUGUAAUGCCUCUUCUGGGUCAGCCGUCCAUCAAAGGGCUAGUAAAGGAAAACUUCUGAAGCUAAAACAUGCAGAUCCAGAAAGUAUGAGCUGUGAACCAUGUGGUUCUGGAAUGAGUUUUCAGUGUGAGCUCUCUCUUCAGUCUGACACUGACCAGCCUCAAGAAGCUGUUAAUAAAAAAGGACUGUAUAAGAAGAUGUCUCUGGACCUAGAAGAAACAAACCGCGAUUCCCAUUCAAGCUCUAUUUUCGUGGUUGAUCCUGUCAGGAACCUGGAAAAGGCAAAGGAGGUCAUAGAAGACAAUCCGGAUGAACCUGUUCUUGAAGCCUUGCCUCAUGUCCCUCCUUCAUUUGUAGGGAAAACAUGGUCUCAAAUAAUGAGAGAAGAUGACAUGAAAAUUAAUGCUCUUGUCAAGGAAUUUAAGGAGGGUCGUUUCCACUGUUACUUUGAUGAUGACUGUGAGACCAGGAAAAUAAAAAAAAAAAAUUUGAAUGAAGGAAAAAAGAUUACCUGGACUGACCCGAGUCAGGACACUGCAGCAAUUCAAGUUCUUUCAGAUUGUGAUGAUAAUGCAGGUGGCAUUUCAGAUACCGAUGACUUUUCAGUGGCCUUAGAUAAAUCUAGCCAACAUUCUACAGUAAAGAGGCCUUAUUAUGAACAAUCAUGGCGACUGGCUUCUCGAUGUCAGGCUGUAAAAGUCAGCCAUGGAACUCAAACCAAUUUCACAAACCAGUCAGACACACAAGACAGUGGACAGGAGGACGACUCACCAACAGGGAAGCGUUCGCUUCUACAGGACAAAAAAACAAAAAAGAAAGUGAAAAUUGGAACACUUGAAUUUCCUGAAACAUGUACUAAAGUUUUGAAGCCUUUGCAACCCAAUGCCUUAGUCUACGUUAUUUCUUCAAAUAUGAAAUUUCAGGACAGUGAAACUGCCAACUUCUCUAAAAAAUACCGCACCCCCAGAAGUCGAGAUGUUAGCAUAGAGUACAAAUAUAAACGGAGCUCCUUUAAUUACUAUGACCCAUUGAAUAAGAAAAUUGUAAUUAAUCCUCCACUGAGCAUAGAUGUAUCAGACCCUGACAGAACUAACUGGCUUCAAGCUCAUCUCAGCGACCUGAGCUCCAGUUCAGGCGAGGAAGAUGCUGAAGAUUGUGACCCAACAGCCGUUUUGACCAUAAGGGAUGAAUUACUGGCCUAUCCGGGGGCCCCCGUUUCUCCUGAGCCAGUGCCAAGGCCAGGGACUUCGAGCGCUGGUGCAGCUCCAAAGGAAAGUAACUUCCAGGUAACGCUUGUCGACCGCGAUGCCGCCGGGACCUCUUCAAAAGCAGUUACCCGUAAGUUCUUAGAAGGUAGAAAGAAAAUUCAGAGGCGGAGGAUGACAGCGAACGAUAAUAAGCCAGGUUUCCCCCAGAAGGUUUAUAAACCAAUUAGUCUCCACCCACAACCCAGAAUCGCUUCAGAAAAACGGCCAAUUUGGAUUCAGACCAAACUAAAUGAUAUAAUUCGGAAGUAUCUUUCAAAAUACUCGGCCUUCUUGCGUCGCAAAUAUCAGUCCAGGAGCGCCUUUAUUAGACUGCAUCUGAAGAAGAAGAACCGCGACGUCGCUAAGUUAAAGAAAGCCAAGAGCCCCACCCACAUGGUUUUGAGGUCGUCGGUUUCGCGGGUUCCCUCGGGUCCACCGGGUCCGCCGGGUCCGCAGGGUCCCUCCGCGCCGCCGGGUCCGCCGGGUCCGCCGGUGGCGGCUGCUGAGGAGCAGUUAAUCGCUGCCCCCGGCUCUACUCCCAAGCAACCUGGGCAGGGUUCUCGCCCCCCUGCAGGAAGAAAGAGGAAUGGUGGUAAAAAACGCCCGAGGAAGAGAAGAAGGCGGCUUUCUCGACCUGUGAAGAUAUAUGCUUUGAGAAGCUUAUAUUCUCAGGUACCGUACUCCGAUAGGAUGAGGACUCGGCUAUCAAACAAACCGCGGGCUAAUGAGACCACCUAGAAGUGUUGAGGCUAGCUGAGGAUUCAGUACUUCACUUGAAAUAUAUUUGUGCACAUAGCUUUCCCAGCUUUGGUGAAAAGAAUUUACCUUCAACUAUUUUGCUACAGACAUUAUUUUUCAGAACUUUUAUAAUUGAUUUAAAAUUAGUGUUGAAGGUCCUUUUUUUUUUUUUUUGAGAUUUAAACUCAUCCUUCGUCCGUUUGCCGUAGAAGAGCUUCAUCUUAAUUUAUAUCCAUCAUUUAGCACAGUAUAUAUACAUUUUUUUCUCCCUCAAAUCAUGUCCCUCUUAUUUAUUUUUUAUGAUUGUAUCUCAUGUCAGCAGGUUAUAAUAUUGCAAAAAUGAAUGUGGCAAACAUUAAAUGCUAUCUUAUUUUUCCUUUUUAAAAACUGAAACAAAGGAAUAUGUACUUCUGUGCGUUUCAGAGUGGCAUUGUCAAAGUUGUAUUCUGGAUAAUUAAAAAGAAGAAACUAGAAUAAGUUAUCUCCACUUUCGAGUGAGGUUGAUUUAAAUAAUCACAAACAAAACAUAAUUGAUCUUUCUUUUAAAAGCAUCCAAGGAAACGAGAUUCCACAAUCUUUACUCCAGUUUUUAAAAACUGCCUAGUGAUUUUAUAUACGUAAACACAAACUCCUUCAUUUAAAUUGGAUUUGCAAGUCUCUAACUUUCCUUAUUUGGACACAUGCACAUAUACGGUCUCUGUAGGUUUUUCUUUAGCAUUAUUAGAUCUUAAGGGGAAAAUGAUCUUGCCAGUGUAAUUAUGUUUUCUACCACCUUUAUUCCCCUCCACCUGAAGUGCUGGUGGUUUAAUAUGAAAAUCUGGGUUAUCUUUAUGGCCUUACCUCUUAAAAAUAUUUCAGCCACUAUCACAUCAUUUUCUGUAAUUAUUGAACUGAGAUUGAACUGAAAUUAUUGGGUUGGUAAUUUGGGCAGACCAUUAAUUGUUGUCAUUAACAAAUUCUUUGUAAUCUUAAUAUUUCAAAAGACCUAAUAAAACAGAAAAUCUACGUGGAGGCCAGUUUUGCAAGGGAAAAACUACAUAUUUGUAUAUUCGUUUGGCUUUCCUUAAACUUGCUAACUGAUUUUAAUAGUUCAAACAAAAGACAUUAAGAUAAGCAGUUGGCUCUGAGAUACUCAGAAUAUGUUUAGAUCCUUUAUUCAGAGACACUGGUUGAGCUGGUACAGACGCAUCCAAUUACCCUGUUAAGACAAGGAUCCUGGAUCCUUUUCUAUCGUUAAUGUUAAAGGAAACAUGAAUUUCAACUAUCUUGUAUAAACCACAUUUUAUUGAAACUAGAUCAGUGUACCAUGAUUUCAGAGAUAAAAAUGUGUUACUUUAGAAUUAAUGAAAUACAGUGUAACAGUUGGUGUCUAAAUGUAGUUUUAUUUCAGGGGCCGUUUUUAACCUGUGGGUAUGUUAUGAUGGUGUUCUGUUGUAAUUUCUUUACUUCUAAAUUUAAAACAGUAAUUCUGUUGAAAAACAAAUGGGCAAGUGUUUAUAUUCUUAGUUGCAAAGCAACUUCAACCUUGCCUCAUAUACAAACAUAUUUUAAUUCCCUUUCUUAAAAUAGUACUAUGGGCCACUAAUUUAAAAUAACCCUCCAAUUUUAAUUUAGAAAGAAAACUGUCCUACUGAUUGGGAAGUAAACAAGCAGCUAAUAUGUAAAGAUAUCCUAUUUGUGGAUAUUGGUGUCUUUUUUUUCCUGUAAAGUAGACACGGUAAUUUCCUUAAGUACUAUUAGUAGGCAUUCUGGAUGCUUUAGGUUUAAGUUAAAAAGCAGGAGAUCAUCUGGAAAUAAUGUACUCAAUGAUUAUGAUGUGUCAUAUCUAUUGUGAUUGCAUCACGCAGAGAGGACAGUUCUUAUAAGUCAAAUGAUUAAAAGCAGUUAAAAAAUUUUACUACUUUUUUCACAUUGGAGACUCUUCUAAAUACCAUUUUUUUGAGAGAAAAAAGGUUUAUAUUUAAAAUUUAUAUUACUAAAAAUAUCGAAGUAUAAUACAGUCCUGAUUAUUUUUUUUUUAACAUUUUGGAAAUGUUUAUUAGUUCCUGUAGUCAUUACUUUAGACAAGCUUGAAAACUUGAAAUUGGAAAAAUUAUAAUUUAAAUUAAAUUAGAAAUGAAUUACUUUGAGAAUUUGGUAGGAUACAAGAUGUGCCCCUUUGUCAAAAUAUAUUUUGGCUUCAUUUGCCGAUUAGAUGAAACAGUUGGAUGUUUUUUGUGUAUUCAAGAGUGCAUUAAAUUCUUUUAAUAGUGAAAAAUCAAGUUAUAACCACAAUGAAUAUUUUAUUAAUCUUGUCCUUGUUCAGUAUCUUGCAUAAAUUUUUAUUAUAAUUGUCCCAAGUUAUACAGUGUGUGGACAAUGUUGUGUGAAGUGUGUUUUGCAUUUGUGCAUUUAAAUUAUUUGUGUAAUUAGGGCUCUGAGUGACACUUUUUGGUAAAGAGAAACUAUAUUUAAAUAUUCAAGCAAGUAUAUAUUUCCAUGUAAAGCUAAUGUGAAGACUAAUGUAUUUUUUAUAAUGCAGUUUAAAGAGUAAAUUUGUUUUCAAAGUUGCCAAGAUAAAAUUUAUCAAAUAUUGAAAUUUGUCUCUACUUUCUCCUCAUGUUAGGAAGUUUUUCUGGGAAGACUUAAGGAAUCAGAGAAUAAUGAAAACGAGUUCAUUUUAUAAAUGGUCUUAGAGAUAAUAAAUAAGAGAAUAUGAAUGUUGAUGCUGGUGAGGAAAUAGUUUAACCAAAGAUACACAGGUAUGUUCAUGGAGUACUUAUUUCAAAGGAUUAAAAUUAAACAACUAUUUAUUUCUCUGGUGGAGUAGCAGGUUAGCAACUUUUCGCUUUGUAUACCUGUAUUGAAAGAGUCAGUGAACAGGACUGAGUUCAGGAGGCAGGAGCUACAUCAUUAUUUGACACCUGCUGGGAAGAGAGAACUUCUGUGCCUCCAGUGUCAUAGUGCGUGUUAUAAAGGACAAGAAAGCAUGGAAAAGUAUACAUAUGUCACUGAGGUCGGGGCCUUGCGCCUCAAUAGUAUUGAUUUCUGGGUUUUUUUGGUCCAGGAUUAUAUUGCUGAGAUGUAACAGCAGCCUACUCUCUGUGACUCAAAAAUUACUAAAGUAAAAAUAUGUGAUGGAUGUCCAUAUUCGCUAAAGGACUUUUAUGUAUAGAAAUAAAACGUGGAACAUACUGAAAAAUCAUGUAAUUAGGGAAUUAACACAUCAAAAUGUCAACUUGAGAAGAUGAGAGGCUGAGGAAGAGUCUCAACAUUUCCUUAAACUUUAUUUAGACCCAAAAUAUUAGGGAAAUGAUAUAGUAAGUUUCCUUUGUUCUUCUUACACUUUAUAUGUAUAUUUAAAAAGUUCUCCCGACAUAGUUUAAACUGUUUACCUUGAUUAAGAAAUAGGUCUAGGAUGAACUAUAAUUUGUUGCUGAACCUUUAAAUAAGUAUGAACUUAUACUUUAUUUACAUUUAUAAUUUAUUAUAUGCAUGUUGUUUUUUUACAUGCAUUUUAUUUUCUAAGUUUUUAAGCUGGACAUGUGUGUGUGUGUGUGUGUGUGUGUGUGUGUGUGCGCGCGCGCGCACGCGCGCGUGUCCAUCUUGAGCCCUUACUUACUAAGUGCCGGGCAUUGUUCUGAGCUUUUAACCUGUAUUAUCUCAUUUGAUCUUCAAAGAGCCCUAUGAGUUAGGUACUGUGAUUGUCACUAAAUAGCUCUAUGCCUCAAUUUUGGGAUUACAAAUGAGUUGUUAUUUACUGUAUUCAGAUGGGGAUUACAGUCAAUCCCCAGUGCCAGGACACCACUAAUCUACUGUCUGUAUAGUUUAGCCUUUUCUGGACAUUUCGUGUAAAUGGCAUCAUACAAUAUGUGGUGUUUGUCUGGCUUCUUUCAUUUACUAUAGUGUGUUUGAGGGUCAUUCAUGUUGUGGCAUGUUAUCAGUAUUUUGUUCUUUAUUGCUGAAUAGUAUUUAUAAUUAGUUUUUAAUGAAGCUGGUAACAGAAUGCUGGUCUCCUGAUAAACAUAAAAAGCUGUUAGGCUUGAGGCUAGCUGUUCCUUUAUGACUCUCAUACCUGUUACCCUUGAUUAUUACCCCAAUUCCAAGACCAACUGGAUAUCUGCCUUUUUAAGUGCCCUUAUCCCAUACUUGAAUGCUUUAUACUCCCUCUGUCUUUGAUUCUUACUCCUUUUACUGCCCAUCUUGGCAUUCUUUUCACUGUGCUUUGUGAAUUCUCAUUUUCACUGUCAACACAUUAUCCUCUGUUUUCUCAGUGUUUUCACAGUGGAUUGCUUGAAGGUAGCCGAACGGAGAAUCACACCCAAGUUAGCCAUUCUCCUCCUCUCCACGGGCUGGAGAGCCAGGCAGUGUUGGUGAUGGUACUGGUCAUGGUGAACAUUCUUCUUUAGAGUUACACUUCUCCAUAACUCCAGUACACACCAUCAAAAUCAAGAAACCAGCCUUGAUAUGGUAUAACUCUACUCCACAGACCUCAUUUGGAUUUUACAGAUUGUUCUAAAAUUUCCUCCAGAGGUCCAGGAUUUGACCCAGGAUCACACACUGUCAUGACUGUUCAGUUUCCUUCUGUAUGGAGCAGUUCCUCAGCCUUCCUUUGUAUUUAAUAACUUGACAUUUUGAAGUGUACAAACCAGUUUCUUUGUGGAAUGUCCCUCAGUUUGAGUUUGUCUGGUGUUUCUUUAUAGUUAAUGCUUUGCGGGGGUUGGGGGCAGAAAUUCUGUGGACUUUUCAAUGUAUCAUAACUGCAGCCAUGUGAUGUCAGUUUGAAUAAAAGUGGUGAUUGAAAAUA